GGGCUUCAGUUUCACGGGAACUGUUCUACUGGUUGGAUCGGAUUUAUUGACACGGUGCCGAAGUUUCUCAAUAGCGGUGCAAUAUGGUGCAAAUAGUUGGAAAUAGUUCGUGCCUGUCGGGAAAAGUGUUGCUUUUGGUUUUGCUGGCCAUCGUCGGAGUUGCGUUUGCUUGCAACGGUGGCUACAAGCUGAAGGUGAGGAAAGUGCAGAACUGUGCCGGUGACGAUGCGGUCAUCACGGCCAGCGAAAACUACACGGUGGUUCUGACGAAAAACUGCAACAUCAAAUCACGCGGUUGCGUGCAGUUCAAAUCGUUCAAAACGGCCGUGGCCAAGUAUAAGGUCCGCAAAGAUGGCGUCCAGAUAUACCAGGGCAGCGUCAACCUGUGCGAUACGUUGAAAACCGGCUUGAGGCACGCUGAUUUUGGUCCAAUAAUGAGAACGUUCAAACUGCCGGAAAGCUGCCCCGUGAAGGAGGGUUUACUAUGUACGGAUCCGUCACAGGUGGUGAAUAUCAGUCCGUUCGCGGAAUUCCUUGCGUUGGUACGGGGCACCAUCGACGUGGAGACGGAGAUCCAGCAUGACACAGGCAGAAGUUGCUUCCAAGUCAGGUUUGAAGUCACGAAGUGAUCAGUCGAAUGACGCGAAUGGAAUCAAUUACAAAUAAUGUGUACCUAAUGAACUGUGGAUUGCGGGUGUUAAUAAAUAUGUAAUGUUACCUCAUUUAUCCCGACAAACGGGACAUGAUUCAAUAAA